GUUGUAGAUGCUUUGGCAGAAGAGGUCGCGAACUACACGAAGGGGCUGAAUCAGCGGGAGUUCCUCAUCUUCAUGCGAAAAUAUCGAGACCAGGAGGUACAGAAGAUCAUGCAGAUGAGCGUGGCGAUGAGUGGAAGCUUUGCUGGCAGGCAUGAGCUGUAG